CUCAUAUCCAUAGCCUUCUUCAAAAUGAAGAUUAAUCCUCCAUCUUCGAAUAGUCUUGCCCUUUCUUGGGCCACUUUCACCAUCUUUUUGUUUCUCUCCAAACCCUCUCUCCAACAAACUGUGGAAGAGAAUACAACACCCUCUCUUCAACAAUUUAACCCUCCAAAUCUUCCAUUGAUCCCAAAUCCAAGGCUUCUAAAUGCAUUCAUAGCCCUCCAAGCAUGGAAACAUGCCAUCAUCUCUGACCCCAACAAGUUCACCUCCAAUUGGUUCGGCUCGGAUGUCUGCAAAUACACCGGUGUCUACUGUGCUCCGGCCCCCAAUGACCCCCACAAAACCACCACUGUCGCCGGAAUCGACCUAAACCAUGCCAACAUCGCCGGUUAUUUGCCUGAAGAACUCGGCCUCCUCUCCGACCUUGCCCUUUUCCACAUCAACUCCAACCGCUUCUGGGGAACCCUUCCUUAUCGCUUUAAGGAACUCCGUUUCCUUUUCGAGCUUGACGUUAGCAACAACAACUUCACCGGAAAGUUCCCGUCCGUUAUUUUUUCUUUACCAUCGCUCAAAUUUCUUGAUAUCAGAUUCAAUCAGUUCGAAGGGGAGAUUCCGUCACAGCUCUUUGAUCUGAAACUCGAUGCUCUGUUCAUUAACAACAACAAAUUCCAGUCCUCGUUGCCACAGAACCUCGGGAACUCUCCAGUAUCAGUUCUUGUCCUCGCCAACAAUGGCUUCGGCGGCUGCAUUCCUUCGAGCUUUUCGAAAAUGGCUGGAACCUUAAGUCAAAUUGUUCUCAUGAAUAGUGGACUGACUGGUUGUCUGAACAACAAUUUAAGACUGUUCAAGAACGUGACGGUCUUUGAUGUCAGCUCUAACAAUCUUGUCGGGCCGUUACCGGAGUCAUUUGGGGAGAUGAAGAAGCUGGAGCAGCUAAAUGUGGCGCAUAACAAGUUGUCCGGCGAUGUUCCGGCGAGCGUAUGCUCUUUACCGAGGCUGAAGAAUUUUACAUACUCCUAUAAUUACUUCUCCACCGAACCUCCGAUAUGCCUCAAGUUGCGCAGCAUCGAUGAUAGACAGAAUUGUAUCCCUUAUAGGCCGUUGCAGCGGUCACCGAUGGAGUGCAAGAGUUUCUAUAAGAAUCGUGUUGAUUGUGGCUCCUUUGGUUGCUCAGCUAGCUAGAAGUCCUCCACCGCCUCCGCCGCCCCCUAAACACCAUUGGCCUUGACCAGGGAGAGAUUAAUUAGAAGCAAAAGUGAAGGGUUGAUGACUUGUUAACUUUAAUUUGCUGUUCUUGUCUAAUACGAAAUUAAUAACGGUGGGAAUGGGAUGGAUUUCUCUUCUUUUUAUCCUUUUUUAGAUCCCGGAUUUUAUUUUUAUC